AUGCGUCGUAGUGACUCACUGGCAUGGCCUGGUGAGGCUCUGAGACGUGAGGAAAGACGAGCAGAGGCCAGGCUGGCAGAGGGACUGCAGAGACUGGAAGAGGUCAAACACUAUCAUCUCAACACCCUGACCAGAGAACAGCGCAAACUACACAGAGACCUUAUCUCCAUCAGGACAGGUAACUACUGGAGAAAAGGAAUCCCUAACACACAGCCCACAAAUCUUGACCUCAGUCACCCUGCAGUGCCUUACAGGAGGACUCUGCUUCCAAUAAUCCCUCGGCCGGACAGGGAGCCACAGAGGCAGGCGUCCAUAAAGCCUCAGUCCAGUACGUCUUUACAGAAUCGUGUUCAGGAAUUCAUCAGCAGCGGGAGCAAAACAGAUAGCUCAACGGUGCCGCUCUGCCUGCCAGAUCUGAAACUGCAACCUGUCCACACGCUCCCCAGCACCAGUACAGCCACAGCAGGGAGAGAGGAGAAGAAGGACAGAAUGACAAAAGAGAGUGAGGUAGAAGUAUCUCCUCCUGCCUCUCUCCUCUCGGACUAUCUAGCACCUGAUGGGCGUUUGAGGACAGUUCACACUCUGCCCAACUUUGCUCAAGCACUAGUGGAGGCGCGCAAAGCCCGUUACAUACGUCACCGGGGACAGCCGCUGUGCGAAUCAGGACUCACAAUUACAGAGAUAUUCUCUCGACAUUCUAAAGAUGCACAAACUCACUGA